AUGUUCAUUCAAAACGAAAACGUAGGUGACAGAACCCGCCUAGAAGACUGGAGAAUUAAAGGUUACGAUCUAUUAACUCCACCUGAUCUUUUACAACAUGAAUUCCCUAUUUCUGAAAAAGGUAAGCAAAUCAUCGUAAAUGCAAGAGACAGAGUUCACGAUAUUUUAAAUGGUAAGGACGAUCGUCUUGUCAUUGUUAUUGGUCCUUGUUCCAUUCAUGAUCCAAAAGCUGCUUAUGAAUACGCUGACAGACUGGCGAAAAUGUCUGAAAAAUUAAAUGAUGAUCUAUUGAUUAUUAUGAGAGCCUACUUAGAAAAGCCAAGAACCACUGUGGGAUGGAAAGGUUUAAUCAAUGAUCCUGAUAUUGAUAACACGUUCAAAAUAAAUAAAGGUUUAACAAUUUCAAGAGAAAUGUUCACUAAAUUAGUUGAAAAAUUACCAAUAGCGGGGGAAAUGCUUGAUACUAUUUCUCCACAAUUCUUAAGUGAUUGUUUGUCAUUAGGUGCCAUUGGUGCAAGAACUACCGAAUCUCAGUUACAUAGAGAAUUAGCCUCAGGUUUAUCAUUCCCUAUCGGUUUUAAAAAUGGUACGGAUGGUGGACUACAAGUCGCCAUUGACGCUAUGCGGGCAGCUGCACACGAACAUUACUUUUUAUCUGUUACCAAACCUGGUGUUACAGCUAUUGUUGGUACUGAAGGUAACGAAGAUGGUUUCAUCAUCUUAAGAGGUGGUAAAGCUGGUACCAAUUACGAUAAAGAAAACGUUAAAAAGGCCAAGGAACAACUAUUGCAAGCUAAAUUGAUCGACGCAGAAGAUAAGGAAAAGAGAAGAAUUAUGAUUGAUUGCUCUCAUGGUAACAGUAACAAAGAUUACAGAAAUCAACCAAAGGUCGCUCAAGCAAUUUACGAGCAAUUAGUUGAAGGUGAAAAUGCUCUGUGUGGUGUUAUGAUUGAAUCCAAUUUGGUCGAAGGUAGACAAGACAUCCCUCCACAAGGUGGUAGAGAAGGUUUAGUCUACGGUUGUUCCAUUACAGACGCAUGUAUUGGCUGGGAAUCUACAGAACAAGUCCUUGAACUAUUGGCUGAAGGUGUUAGAAUGAGAAGAAAAGCUUUAAAAAAAUAA